AUGGAUCUCCAACUGGGACUGGCCUCGGUGAUUGUUGGCAUCGGGCUACAUGUGGUGCUCUUCCGACACGGGGAAUGGCACCUGUUUGUUUACAAGUUCAAGUUCAUCCAUAUACUGGCCGUCCUACUGCUCAUCGUUGUCGGUGUACAUCUCACUAUUCCUGGGAAAGGGUGGGCUCAAGAUGCGAGCGCUGCCUCCUGCCUGGUAGCAGGCCUCGUGUCCGGAGUAUGGUCAAGCAUGCUUGUCUAUCGCGCGUUCUUCCACCGCCUUACUCGGCAAGGAUUUUCGGGCCCCUUUGUGGCUCGGCUUUCUCAAUUCUACCAGACCUCCCUCGCUGCCAAAAACCUGCGGAUCAGUGACGAGAUCGAGGUUCUGCACAAGAAAUAUGGUGAUAUAGUGAGGAUAGGCCCUCAGGAGUUAUCGGUCGCAGAUCCUAGGGCAAUGGUGGCAAUUCAUGGUACCAACACGAAGCGGACGGCGUGUACGAAAUCAGUUUGGUAUGACAUGCUAUAUCCCGGAGUCAGCCUGCAAACGGAGAGGGACCGCCAAGUUUAUUCGCUACGGCGCAAGCCCUGGGACCAAGCUUUUAGCAGCAAAGCUCUUAGCCGCUACGAGGACCGAGUAAACCGCCUCGUCGCACAACUGAUGGGGGGCAUCAAAAACAACCAGGACCGGCCAUUCAAUGUAUCGCAAUGGUUUGGCUUUUGGGGAUUCGAUCUCAUGGGCGAAUUGGCCUUUGGCGAGGGCUUCAAGCUGAUGGACAGGAACGAGGAGGACUACUAUUACAAGACAACAGCCCGGUUCCUGCCGAUGAUAUCAAUCUUCGGCCCCAUACCGUGGCUGUUCCCAAUUAUCAAGCGCAUCCCGAUCCUGAACAGGGAGUCGAACGAAUUUGACGAGUUUCAGGCUGGGAUGUUCUGGAAGCGGUUCCGGAGCGAACCAAAAGAGCCCGAUAUCUUUGAGUGGAUCGUGCAAGACUACCGCAAGAUCACGAACCCUACAGAACAGGAGACAACCAACGCCAAGUCCGACGUGGGCUUGAUAGUCGUCGCCGGGAGCGAGACAACACGGCUGAGCCUGACGAUCCUCUUCUACAACUUUGCCUGCCACCCACCCACCUACCGAAAGCUCCAAGAGGAGGUGGACACCUUCAUGCGGCAGCAAGGCGCCCCAUCCCCCGACGCCGUGGAGAACUCCGCGCUGUCCAAGCUUGAGUACCUGCAAGCCUGCAUCGACGAGUCCCUCCGGUACAUCAACCCCAACCCGUCCGGGCUCCCGCGCCAGACGCCCCCCGAGGGCCUCUGGGUCGGCGGGCGCUGGAUCCCGGGCGACGUGAACGUGCGGACGGCGAACAACCUCAUCAUGCGGGACCCGCGCGCGUUCGUGAGGCCGGACGAGUUCAUCCCGGAGCGCUGGACGACGCGGCGCGGCGAGCUGGUCGUCGACGCGUCCGCGCACAUGCCGUUCUCGGCGGGGCGUUUCUCGUGCCCCGGGAAGCAGCUCGCGCUGAUGAACCUGAGGCGUGUGGCGGCGCUGAUUGCUCACGGGUAUGAUGUUGCUUUUGCGCCAGGGCAGAAGCCUGAGGACUUUACCGGGGGGAUGCUGGACCAUUUCACGAGGGGUGUGCCUAAGCUAGAUCUUGUCUUUACGCGGAGGAAGGCCUAG